UGUAAAGAGUGGCUAUGUAAAUAAUGUAGGAUUGUGCAAUAUUGGCGGGAUCACCCUGGAGGGGGCUAACACUUGGGCGCCAUUAUCAAACCCGUGAUAAAUACAAAGAGUCUAUUGAAUUGAGGGAGCACAUUUGGAAAAUGGCAGCUGAAGCUUUUAGUGAUGUUGUAUCAAAUUACAAGCAGCAUUCAGAAGCCUGUCUUUUAACUGGGAAUUCAGAGCAGACAUUUAGCAUUAAAACUGAACCUGGACAGCUCUGUCCCAGUGAGACCAACGGAUUGCCAGAGGGGAUGACAAAAGCUCCAGACACAGAAAUCUGUUGUGUAGAUGGUCCCUGCACAUUCUCAGAGAUAAAAGAUGAGCCCAGCGAGCAGUGCAGUAGUUGGAGCGGUGCAACUUCAUCAGAUAGUUGUGGAAAUGAAACCAUUUCUUCAGCCUUGAAAAUUGAACCAGGUAAUGACGCAUCUGUUCAUGUGCAUAACUACCAGGACAUUAAAACUGAAUUUAAACAGGAGCCUCUUCAUGAUUCAGUUUAUGCUGGUACUCCUGGGGCAAGUAUUACAACUGACAAAAAAAAUUCAGCUUUCCCCAAUGAUCAAGUGCAAGAUACCAAAACACUCACACAUUCACCCUCAUUGUGUUCAUUCCCUGGGCAAGCAGCAAAUCGCUACCUGUGUUCUUUUUGCGGUGGGUUUUACCAUUUUCCUGAAAAAGGAGAAAAUGUUCCUCUUGAGAAUGCAAUACCAGACCAGGAAGUUUGUAGUUGUUGUAAGGAGUCCAGACAUCCUGGUCCAGAUAUUAAAACUGACCCCGAGGAAGAUGAUACUAGUACAUGUUGUUUCAGCAUACAAGACCAGUCAUCAUCUGUUCAAACCGACCCAAAGUUCUCAAGCCAUGAAUCUGAAUUGGUCUCAAAUUCUGAGAACAAACCUGUGGUGAUUGGAUACAAAUUAAAUGGGCUUUAUCAGGGACGUUGGUACAGCAUUCUUUAUGAUUGUAAAAUCUGUGAUAAAAUAAUUGGGGGUAGGGAUGAAAUGCAGAAGCAUGCUUUGUUUUCCCAUGAAAUAGGUACAGAGUUUCGGUGUGUUUGUGGUGAUCCUAUACCUUACCUGUCGUCUGGAAAUGGACUUUCAUAUCAUGCAAGAGUUACUCAUGGGAUAGAAUCGUUGAAGCAGUUUACAUGUACUUUGUGUGAAAAGUUAGUCCCAGAGUCUGAUGUAAAAGCACAUUAUGAGGAUGAACAUGGCCCUGAUGCUAGUCCAUUUCCUUGUGGCCUUUGUGGUUGGAAGUUAUUUCGAAAGUCUAAUUAUAACAAGCACAUGCGGAAAGUUCACAGGCUGCGUUAUGUUGAAAGUUGCCAAGAUUGCGGUCUAAGGUUUGAAAGCUCUUUAUCUUUACGUAAGCACAUGAAAGAGAAACAUGCCUCUCGCAGGCAUGUGUGUGAAAUCUGUGGAUACACAACCAAAAGAAAAAGUAUGAUAGACAAUCAUAAAGUUAUGCAUCAUUUCAAGUCUGAACAACAACCAUGCGAUAAAUGUGAUAAAGUAUUCACUUCUUUAAAAAGUUUGCAGAGGCACAAAGAAUGUUACCAUGCAGUACACCAGGAAAUGUGUAAGGAAUGUGGCAUAUGUUAUGAUAAUUGGGAAAAUCAUGUCUGUAGAUAUGACGAAAAAAAGUUUUUGUGUGAAGUUUGCGGCAAUUUCAUUGUCAACUGUGGCAAAAUUCAACAUUUAAGGAGUCACUAUAAUGUAAAGCUAUAUGUAUGUUACUUGUGUAACAGAGAAUUUACCAGAAAAGACAACCUGGACAAACAUAUUAGAGUUCACACAGGGAAAAUGAUAAAAGAUUGUGAAUACUGUGGAAAAGGCUUUGUAAAUCACAGCAACUGGAAGCUGCACACCCGUCGACACGCAGAAAUAGGGCAUGAGAAACCAGACAAACCAGAUCCAUCAUUGUGUUUGGUAGAAGCUAGAAAGAAAAAGAAUGGAAAAAGUGGAACAUCGAAACAAAAGAACAAUACAGAUUCUAAGAAAAGACCAACUAUAAAGAGACCAAGGAAGCAUGUCAGCAAGGACGUCAGUGAUUGUGAUACAGACAGCGAGUUAGAUUCAGAUGAUUAUAUGAGUGACCCUGGGAGAGAGGUGGACACUUUGACAGGCAGUGGCAGAAAAUCUACAUUUACUAAGAGAGGAUCCUCUAGAGGGCUGAAAAGGAAAGCUCAGAAAUUGACAAGCUAUGUGGAGAUCGACUCAGAGGCAGACUCUGAGGGAGAUACUGCCAAUAAUUUUUGUCUGGAAGAAAAGUCAAAGACUGAUGCUGACUGUUCCAAUGUUGUUGAAAAUGUGGAUUUGGACAAGAAAGAUGAAAAAGUUGUGUCAGAUUCAAAAGAAGUGUAUUUCAUUAAGCAGAAUUCAGAAGUGACCAAUGAUGUCAAAUUAAAUCAGUCUUGUAAAGUGCACCUUAUCAGACUAGAAGACAUGGAAAAGCUGUAAGAGAUCAUAUUCUGGGGUAGCGCUAGCAAUUUUUAUGACUAAGCCAAAUCACCACUUUUUAAUUUGUCAAUUUGUUAUCAAAA